CUUCCCUCUCCCCUCCCUCCCUCCCGCCGGAGCCACCACGCCGCCGCCAUGGAGCUCAUCACCAUCCUGGAGAAGACGGUCUCACCGGACCGCUCCGAGCUUGAGGCGGCGCAGAAGUUCCUGGAGCAGGCGGCGAUCGAGAACCUGCCAACCUUCCUGGUGGAACUGUCCAGAGUGCUGGCAAACCCUGGCAACAGCCAAGUUGCCCGCGUGGCGGCCGGCUUGCAGAUCAAGAACUCCCUCACCUCCAAGGACCCCGACAUCAAGGCUCAGUACCAGCAGAGAUGGCUCGCCAUCGACGCCAACGCCCGCAGGGAGGUCAAGAACUACGUUUUGCAGACAUUGGGUACAGAGACGUACAGGCCCAGCUCAGCCUCUCAGUGCGUGGCUGGCAUUGCCUGUGCAGAGAUCCCCAUGAACCAGUGGCCCGAGCUCAUUCCCCAGUUGGUGACGAACGUUACGAAUCAGCACAGCACAGAGCACAUGAAAGAGUCGACGUUGGAGGCCAUCGGCUACAUCUGUCAGGACAUCGAUCCAGAACAGCUUCAGGACAAAUCCAAUGAGAUCCUGACAGCCAUCAUCCAGGGAAUGAGAAAGGAAGAGCCCAGCAACAAUGUGAAGCUAGCAGCUACUAACGCACUCCUGAACUCUUUGGAAUUCACCAAAGCAAACUUUGACAAAGAGUCUGAAAGGCACUUUAUUAUGCAAGUAGUCUGUGAAGCAACGCAGUGUCCAGAUACAAGGGUACGAGUGGCUGCCUUACAGAACUUGGUGAAGAUAAUGUCCCUUUAUUAUCAGUAUAUGGAGACAUACAUGGGGCCUGCUCUUUUUGCUAUAACCAUUGAAGCAAUGAAAAGUGACAUAGAUGAGGUGGCUCUGCAAGGGAUCGAGUUCUGGUCAAACGUCUGUGAUGAGGAGAUGGACCUGGCUAUCGAGGCAUCUGAGGCAGCAGAGCAAGGAAGGCCCCCAGAGCACACUAGCAAGUUUUAUGCGAAAGGAGCGCUGCAGUAUUUGGUCCCCAUUCUAACACAGACAUUAACAAAACAGGAUGAAAAUGAUGAUGAUGACGACUGGAACCCCUGCAAAGCAGCAGGAGUCUGCCUCAUGCUCCUGGCGACCUGCUGUGAAGAUGACAUUGUUCCUCAUGUCCUGCCCUUUAUUAAAGAACACAUUAAAAACCCGGAUUGGCGAUACAGAGAUGCAGCUGUGAUGGCUUUUGGCUGCAUUUUGGAAGGACCAGAGCCUAACCAGCUCAAACCACUAGUCAUACAGGCAAUGCCAACUUUAAUAGAACUAAUGAAGGACCCCAGUGUUGUGGUUCGAGACACGACUGCUUGGACCGUGGGCAGGAUCUGUGAGAUGCUUCCUGAAGCUGCCAUCAAUGACAUUUACCUCGCUCCACUGCUGCAGUGUCUGAUGGAGGGCCUGAGUGCUGAGCCCAGAGUGGCCUCCAACGUGUGCUGGGCCUUCUCUAGUCUUGCUGAAGCUGCCUAUGAAGCUGCAGAUGUAGCUGAUGAUCAGGAAGAACCAGCAACCUACUGCUUAUCUACUUCAUUUGAGCUAAUAGUUCAGAAGCUUCUGGAGACUGCAGAUAGGCCUGAUGGACACCAGAAUAACUUGAGGAGUUCUGCAUAUGAAUCUCUGAUGGAAAUAGUGAAAAACAGUGCCAAGGACUGUUACCCUGCUGUCCAAAAGACAACUCUGGUCAUCAUGGAACGACUUCAGCAAGUGCUGCAGAUGGAGUCCCAUAUCCAGAGCACUUCCGACAGAAUCCAGUUCAAUGAUCUUCAGUCUCUCCUUUGUGCUACUCUCCAGAACGUCCUCCGGAAGGUCCAGCAUCAGGAUGCUUUGCAGAUCUCUGAUGUGGUGAUGGCAUCUCUGCUGAGAAUGUUCCAGAGCACGGCGGGCUCAGGGGGUGUGCAGGAGGAUGCCUUGAUGGCAGUCAGCACCCUGGUGGAAGUCUUAGGUGGAGAGUUUCUGAAGUACAUGGAUGCCUUCAAACCGUUCCUUGGCAUUGGACUGAAGAACUACGCUGAGUACCAGGUUUGUCUGGCUGCAGUGGGCCUGGUUGGUGACUUAUGCAGAGCCCUGCAAUCCAACAUCCUGCCUUUUUGUGAUGAGGUUAUGCAGCUGCUCCUGGAGAACUUGGGGAAUGAAAACGUUCAUAGGUCUGUGAAGCCUGAGAUUCUCUCGGUGUUUGGUGAUAUUGCCCUUGCCAUUGGAGGAGAGUUUAAGAAGUACCUCGAUGUUGUACUGAACACCCUCCAGCAGGCUUCUCAAGCACAGGUCGAUAAGUCUGACUAUGACAUGGUGGAUUACCUGAAUGAGCUGAGGGAGGGCUGCCUGGAAGCUUACACUGGAAUUAUCCAGGGAUUGAAGGGAGACCAAGAAAACGUGCAUCCGGAUGUGAUGCUGGUGCAGCCCAGAGUAGAAUUUAUUCUGUCUUACAUUGACCACAUUGCUGGAGAUGAGGAUCACACCGAUGUUGUAGUGGCAUGCGCUGCUGGACUGAUAGGGGAUUUGUGUACAGCGUUUGGGAAAGAUGUACUGAAAUUAGUAGAAUCUAGACCCAUGAUACAUGAACUGCUAACUGAAGGAAGAAGAUCCAAGACGAACAAAACAAAAACCCUUGCUACCUGGGCGACUAAAGAGCUGAGAAAACUGAAGAAUCAAGCUUGAUCUGUUACCAUUGGGAUGACACCUGAGGCCCCCACUGGAAAUCUCCAAUCUUUUGAGGAAAAAGUAAAACAAAACCAACAAAAAACAAAACCAACCACGGAAGUGAGGAGUGUGCACGGAUGCUGAAUGUUUGGGAAUGAGAGGAUGAGUGUGAGUGAGGCUUUGAAACACACCACAUUGGGAAUCCCGCCACAGCAGCAGAGCUGUCAGCGAGCUGAGCACUGACUUGCAUAGGAAUCCCGGCGCCGGCUGGUUUUGGGAAGAGGGAAUGAGCCGAUUUCUGUCCAAGGAAUGAGCGAGUCUCUUCUUCAGGCAGACCAGGACCAGCUUCUCUGUCGUGGCCGGUGUAGAAGGGGAACACGGCCGGUUGGGAGGAGAGGAAACUGGGUUCAACUGUGGUGCUCUUGGCUUGGGCUGCUGGAGAGGGAUGGAGCCAAGGGCUCCAGCCGCCUGCCCUAACCUUUUGCCGCACGAUGCUGUCGGUGAUGGGAUGUGAGGAGGAGGUGAAGGAUUUUCAGUCUAGGAGUGAGUGUGUGUGAAUGAGGCGGUAUCCACAUUCUCAACUUCGAGUCAUUGCAGUUUAUCUUUGCCCAAAAACCACACAAAAAUGAUAAAAGACAAAAAAAACCACACAACAAACCCACCAAACCACCACCCAAGGGUUAGCUGUUGCAUUUCAUAAACUAACCAGAGUUCAGUCUACUGAUGCAGCGUAAGAGAUGUACAAAUAAAAGAGGGGAAAAAGACAAAAAAAAGACAAAAUAAUAAUAAAAAAAAAAAAGAAAAAAAAUAAGGAAAGUCGCUCUUUAGGGCUUUUUAUUUUAGGGAAACACUGACGAAUGUUCAGAGCUCCCGUUCCCGGUGCCGCUUUCCAUGAUCUCGGUUCAUCCAAGCGCCUUUCCUUCCUUAAUAUUGUUCAACUGUGAAUGUAGAAAUGGGAGGGGGAAAAAACCAACCCAACCCGACCCCAACCUCUUGCUUUAGAGGGAAUGGAAAGCAAAUGGCAAAGGCGAUUUCAGGCUUCAAACUCAAGUUACAAGUGUUCAGUGCUCCCAAUUGGCAGUGAGAACGCAAAGGGAAAGCUCUCUCCUGACUUGGACUUGUAGCAGCCCCGACACCCACAGACAAAUUGUGCCAAAGAGUUGAAAAACAAAAAGCAAACUUCAGGUAAUAGCAAAAAAAAACAAAAAAAAAGGCAAAAAUGGCAAAAAAAAACCAACCCACGAAACCAAACGGCUUUAAGUGAGGUGAAAUUCAAUGUGCGACCAAGAUCUGAUGAUAAAAAUGCCAUUUGGAAACUGCUUGGCCUUUUGUGCUCUUUAUUUGAUCAGGUUUAAUGUGGUAUUUGGUCUCUUGCUGCACUUCAAAAACAAAGGAAAAAGAGAAAUUUAUAGAAAAUAUAUAUAUACUGACUUGAGCUUACACAAGACGGCACUUGUAAAAGGUUCUAUUUUUCCACUGCAGUUGAAGAUGAAUAAAAUGGUGUCAAACAUUCCCCAAUA